AUCCGGUAAAAUCCGGUAGAUUACAUCACAGCCUCCGGUUAACGGCUUUAACGGUUGUGUUUUUAGGGACAGUGUGUUUCUCUUCUCCGGUUCCCGGUUUGGUGUGAAGAUGACGGUUGUUCCAGCGGGUUCCGGUUUCGGCAGCUUUGAGACUUUAAACCGACACUGAACACACAGUUGAGUUAGAUCAUGUAAAGAAGAGACAGACGGACUGAAAGAGAGACGCAGACUGAGACAAAGACGGAAAGAGAGACGCGUACAGUGUCAGAGACGGACAGAGAGAGACGGUCGGUCAGAGAGACGGACCGACAGAAAGACUCGUAGAGAGACAGACGGACGGUCAGGGUGGCUGCCGUGGCGUCCUGGUGGAGGAGCAGGCUGAUGGAGAGCGACUGUCGGAUCCCCGUUGCCUGCUGUCGGCCUCGAAUCCUCGCCCUGCACGCUCUCUUCUGGGGCCUCGUGUCCCUCAGAGUGUUCGGAGCGGCUCUGCUGAGUGAAGAGAAGACUUCAGCUGUAGCCGCCCCCUGCUGGCUUCUGGAGGAGUUCGUGGUGACGGUGGAGUGUUCUCAGUGCAGCUCCUUCCAGACGAAGUCGUGGCUGGCUUGCGUACAGACGGGAUACGUGGAGAAAGUAAACUGCACCAAAACCAGCAAAGAAGAAUACAAGAGCUGCCGCUCCACAGUGAUGGAGGAACAUCUCUUCUGGAAGUUCGAGGCGGCCAUGUUGGCUCUGACGGCGUUCUUCGCGGUGAUCGUGGUGAUCCGGCAGCGCUGGCUCGACCGGCUCGCCUCCGAGAAGGUCCGGCGCCAGAUCGAGUCCAUCUAGGAGGACCGGGACCAGGACCAGGACCGGUUUAUAGAGCAGUAUUUAAACAUCACACAGUUUAAAUGUGAUGAUGUGGACUCUGAGCUCCAGCAGGAAACAGGACUGAAGAACCCUGCAGAGGACUCGACUGUUUGUUUCUUUUCAUUAUGAGUUUUAUUUAAAAAGAGAGGCUGAGCUGAUUUCACUUUUUUUAUUUUCCUUCAUCCAGAAUUUAAUUUCUCUGUCAAUAAUCAAUAAUAUGAUCAGCUGAUUGAUCAGAAGAGAUUUUAAACCUGAAGGUGACGUCAUGUUUGAAAAUUAAUUUAAUGACUAAAAACUGAACUGAAGGUUUUUUUUGGAUCUUUAAUUUAAAGUUUAAAGAAUUUUUUUUUUAACACAUUUUAAAAGUUUAGAUUUUAACUUGUUGAAAUGUGAUUUUUGAAGGAAAACUUAAAAUCUGAAACAGCUCAGAGGUGAACUGGAUGAACUCUGCCUUCACCUGAUUGGACGGCCUAACCUCCUGCUGUGCUCUGAUUGGUCAAUCUCAGAUUUGAUCAGAUUUAUUUUUCUCUGAAAUCAAAUGAGUAUUACAUCAUCAUCUUCAUCAUCAUCAUCAGUUCAGCAGCUGAUCGUUAAAUGUCUGAGUGUCAGUGAACGCAGCACCAGGUUGGAUUCUGUAAAUAUGUUUUUUUUGGUUGUUUUUUUUUUUUUUUCUGUUUCAGAUUAAAAAUAAAAACUGAGCCGAAAUAAAAUUUGUUAAAAACUGAAACUUUAAGAUGAUGUUUGAACUUUACUUGAUUUUAUCUCUGAGCUUAAAGAAUAAACUGACUCCCAUCAGGUGA